GUUGGGAGCGUGCAGUAGGUUCAUGUCGCCAUGGCAAGCCGUAAAACUUCACAUCCGAACCGGGAUAAUGAGGACAAAUAUUCCGUAUUAUUACCUACCUACAACGAGAGGGAAAAUCUACCAUUAAUAGUGUGGCUUUUGGUCAAAUAUUUCGGUGAAAGUGGAUAUAACUAUGAGAUAAUUGUCAUUGACGACGGAAGCCCAGAUGGCACACUGGAGAUUGCUGAGCAGCUGCAGAAAAUUUAUGGAGAGGACAAGAUUUUGCUGCGUCCAAGGGAAAAAAAAUUAGGUCUCGGAACAGCCUACAUCCACGGCAUCAAGCAUGCAACAGGGAACUUCAUCUUUAUAAUGGAUGCUGAUCUUUCUCAUCAUCCCAAGUUUAUUCCUGAAUUUAUUGAAAAGCAGAAAGAAGGUAAUUACGACCUGGUGUCUGGUACUCGGUAUCAAGGGAAUGGAGGUGUAUACGGCUGGGACUUGCGCAGGAAACUCAUCAGUCGGGGCGCCAAUUUUUUGACUCAAGUGUUGUUGAGACCCGGUGCUUCAGACCUCACAGGCAGCUUCAGGCUGUACAAGAAGAAGGUGCUGGAGAGUUUGGUUGAGCGAUGCGUGUCCAAAGGGUACGUCUUUCAGAUGGAGAUGAUCGUCCGAGCCAGACAGCUGAACUACACAAUCGGAGAAGUGCCCAUUUCUUUUGUGGAUCGAGUUUAUGGAGAGUCUAAACUGGGAGGGAACGAGAUUGUGUCGUUUGUGAAAGGACUACUCACACUGUUUGCAACAACAUGAUCAGUCAAAAAAAGCAUUUCUCUGACUCUAAAAGUUGCUGGUUUAAUACACUAGUUAUAUCACUUCGCUUACAGCCAGACAGUGACAUGCCAGCAAAUAAAUAAGGAGGUAUCUCCCCUUGUUAGCAGUGAAUAAAAAAUGUUUUUCUGUCAGUAGCCACCUGAAAUACUGAAGGAUCAUAGUGUUUUACAUUCCCAUCAUUCCUCUUUAACAUAUUUUAUAAAAAAUAAAAACUGUCUCAUCCAACUGAAAACAGCUGACUGAUGAGCAUUAACACAGUUAAAUAGGUUUAUAUACACAUGUUACUGCAAGACCUGUGAUUGUUUGUAUAAAAUUAAACAGUUUUUUCUGA